AUGAUCAAUCCACAUACCUCAGUUGGCAUCGCCCAAGUCGUCUUCUACACACUCGUCUUACCUGUCGCUGUGUUUAUCCUUAUCAAAAAUUGGAAGCAUGGACUUCGGCUUGCUUCGUACCCUCUUGUGACAUUCUCCCUCGCUCGUCUCGCUGGUGGGAUUCUAACCAUCCUCCUUCGGUCCGACCCUACUAGCCUUGGCCUCAUCAUCGCAACUACCGUGCUGCUCAAUGUAGGCCUCAUUCCAUUGAUGAUCUCCAUGGUUGGGUUCAUCCGUUUGAUUAUGAAAUCAAGCCUUGAUGAGAACAAACGAGCUUUCUUCCUGUUGAAGAUCAUUCGCUUCGCAUUCAUCGCCGCUAUCAUUCUUCUCUGUGUUGCUGGAGCUUUUAGUGGUUCCAGUAUACACCUUUCACGACAUUUGACACAGGCUGGCUAUGUCACUCUGGCUGUCGUCAUUGCUUUGAUGACUGUUGAGCUACUACACCUCUAUACUCAGAAGCACCGCAUUUCUCCCGAGAAGCACAUUUUUAUAGAGCUCACUCUAGCAAGUGUUCCGACACUCGUCCUACGAACAGUCUAUGGACUACUUUGCGCUUUCACGGUUGACAACUUGACGACCAUUUGGAAUUCGCUGGUUGGAUCUGCUGUAGCGUUUGCUUUGAUGUGCCUGCUUACGGAGUACAUCACACUUCUGGUUUUCCUUUUUCUCGGGAUUCGCCAUUGGCAAGGCGUUUGCGCUGAAAGCUUGGGAAGUAUCGAGAUGAAAUCUUGA